GGCAACACUGCCAAAUACAGAUCUGUCACUAAUCUUCUGUCAGUUCCUCGGCACUUGUUCUAUAGGUCUGCCAAUAGGGGUAACCUUUGUAAGAAAGUUAGUUUAUGUUAAUUUUAUUUUCCUAAAUACUAAAUAAUGUCUGCCGUUUAUCAUAAAACAAUGUCAGCGUUAGAUAAAGUAGUGCCAUCAAAAUUACAACCUUUAUGGAUGCAUCCCGCAGGACCAAAAACUGUAUUUUUCUGGGCACCAAUAUUUAAAUGGGGUUUGGUCAUAGCUGGUAUAGCUGAUUUGCAGAGACCUGCUGACACAAUUAGUCCAUCUCAAUGUGGAGCCCUUCUUGCUACAGGAGUUAUAUGGUCGAGAUAUUCUUUGGUGAUUAUACCCAAAAACUAUUCAUUGUUUAGCGUUAACAUGUUUGUAGCAAUGACUCAAUGCUAUCAAAUGUAUAGAGCUGUGAGCUUGAAGAAGACAUGGAUAACUAUGUUGAAUAAAAGUUAAUGGGUGGUCAGAAAAAAAUGAAAACUAAUGUGGUGCCUCAUAUAUUUCAUUGCCAGAAAAAUAGAAAAAGAUCGUUUGAAAAUCAUCCCACUGCUGCAGGU